AUGAAGGUUCUGUGGACCGUGUUGGUGGUCUCCCUCCUGGCAGGAUGCCAGGCCGAAGAGGAGCCCGAGGUGCACCCUGGGUGGCAGGGCAGCCAGCCCUGGGAGCAGGCGCUGGGCCACUUCUGGGACUACCUGCGCUGGGUGCAGACGCUGUCGGACGAGGUUCAGGAGGAGCUUCGCGGUGUCCAGGUCACCCAGGAGCUGAAGGUGCUCAUGGAGGAGACCAUGAAGGAGGUGUCGGCCUACAAGUCCGAGCUGGAGACCCAGUUGGGCCCGGUGGCAGAACAGACGCAGGCGCGCCUGACCAAGGAGCUGCAGGCGGCGCAGGCGCGCCUGGCGGCCGACAUGGAAGACGUGCGCAGCCGCCUGGCCCAGUACCGCAGCGAGGCCCAGGCCGUGCUGGGCCAGAACACAGAGGAGCUGCGCGCGCGCCUUGCCUCGCACCUGCGCAAGCUGCGCAAGCGGCUGCUGCGUGACGCCGAGGAGCUGCAGAAGCGCCUGGCGGUGUACCAGGCCGGGGCCCGCGAGGGCGCCGAGCGCAGCGUGAGCGCCAUCCGAGAGCACCUGGGGCCGCUGCUGGAGCAGGGCCGCGUGCGGGCCGCCACUGUGGGCACCCUGGCCAGCAAGCCGCUGCGGGAGCGGGCCGAGGCCUGGGGCCAGCAGCUGCGCGGGCGGCUGGAAGAGGUGGGCAGCCGGGCCCGGGAUCGCCUGGACGAGAUGCGCGAGCAGAUGGAAGAGGUGCGCACCAAGGUGGAGGAACAGGCCACCCAGAUGCGCCUCCAGGCGGAGGCCUUCCAGGCCCGCCUCAAGAGCUGGUUUGAGCCCUUGGUGGAAGACAUGCAGCGCCAGUGGGCCAACUUGGUGCAGAAGGUGCAGGAGGCGGUGGGCGCCAACGCUGGCGCUGAGCCCAGUGAGAAUCACUGA